CAUAUGAACAGGUGGGCACACAUUCAAGCUCCCUGUAGCCGGGAACAUGCUGCUGACGAGUGUUCCCAGAAGGUCGUCUUUGUGCUCGCUGGGCGGCAUUUUCGCGUCGCACGUUUAUUUCUAGACCUCCCAGGGCAACGACGAAGGUCUCUGCAAAUUACAACUAGGAUGAGAAUGAAGCCUGCUGUGAUAAUCGGGUUGGUGACACUCAUGCUUGUGCUGAGUGAUGCAUGGACGACAGUGGAGGCAGCGCCUCGACAUGAACAAAUGGGAAUGGAUGAAGAAUCCGGCAUCUUUGGAAAGAUAAAAUCUAUCCCGAAGAAGAUUGGGAGCUUCCUCAGCGACAGAUUGAAAUCUUUGAAAGAAAAAAUUGGCUGAACCGUACUCCUCCAACGAUGGAACGCGCUGACGGAACUGCAUCGAUGGAACGCACUGUAUUAUGUUCCUAAAUAAACCACCAGGAGAUAUUCA